AAUUAUUUUUAUUCAAUGUAAUAAUGAUGAUUACAAAUUAUUGUUAAUUUCAUUUGAUGGUCUAGGUCAUCAGUUUCUAAAGCCCGAUCUUACACCGAAUCUAUAUCGACUGAGUAAAUUUGGUACCACCGGUCAUAUGCUUCCAACAUUUUCCACGAAAACAUUACCAAAUCAUCAUUCAAUUUCAACAGGAUUAUAUCAGAAUAAACAUGGUAUCAUACAUAAUCAAAUGUUUGAUGACAUAUACAAUGAACAUUUUGUUGAUGGUAAUGGUAAGGAUGAAAAAUGGUGGAAUGGUAAUCGGAUGGCUGUACCAUUAUAUAUUGCAAAUCAAUUAGAAGACAGACGUCGAGCAAGUUGUUGUUCACCAUGGAUCGGUUGUCAUGCUCCUUAUCAUGGCCGGCGAGCUAAAUAUUUCAUACGAUUUAAUCAAUCAUCAUGUUAUUAUGAACAAUUCGAUUGGACAUUAAUGAAAUUGAUAGAUAGAUCAAAUCCAGCAAAUUUGGCUCUGAUGUACAUACAUGAACCCGAUUCGAUUGGACAUAAAUAUGGCCCGUAUGGUUGGCAAACCAAACAAAAGGUACGACGAGUGGAUCGAUUUGUUGGCUUUAUUUACAAUCGUUUAAAACAAUUAAAUUUAACUACGAAAAUAAAUAUCAUCAUUUUAUCCGAUCAUGGUUUGGCCGAUGCUCGUCCAUAUCGAUCAAUCGUAAUGGAAUCAUUUCUAAAUAAAACAUGGUAUGAUGCAUACGGGUCAAAUCCAGUGUACACAUUAAAAGUACGAAAAGGAUUUGAAACAGUUGUUCGAAAAAUACUCGAACCGUAUCGAAUAAACAAUUGCAAACUAAAACAAUCAGCGAAAACAUUUUGUGUUUAUAGCCAACAACAAAUACCCAAACGAUAUCAAUACGAUUAUAAUGGUCGAAUAUUCGAUUAUCUAUUAUUAGCUAAUGAAGGAUGGAGUGUUUAUAAAACGGACAAAGAUAAACAGAGAUCAAAAUCAUCAUUCGGUCAACAUGGAUAUGAUAAUCAAUUGAACAUUAUGCGUCCAUUAUUCAUUGCAUUUGGUCCAUCAUUUCGGCAACAAUAUUAUCAUCAUAAUCGUUUUAUCAAUGUUGAUCUAUAUCCAUUGAUGUUAAAAUUAUUGAAUAUGAGUCCUAAUCAAUAUUAUCAUCAGGGUAAAUGGAUAAAUGUACGUUCAAUGCUAAAACAGCAAUAUCUUCUGGAAAAAAAUAAAAAGAAUUCAAACUUAAAAUAAUCAACUUACUUAAAGGGAUUAUGGCUAUCC